UAUCUCAUCUCAACUCAAUAAUAAUAUUUACUAUAUUGCUUCUUCUAGAGUUCUUAUACUCUUGUCAUUCAUUCAGAUUUUGUUUAUUACUCCUUCAGUUACUAAAUCCACUUUGUCUUUAUAUAUCUACUCUCUUCCUUUAACCCUUCAUUUUUUAAUCCUUAUAAUUGGAACAAAAAAAUUUCAUAUUCUUUUGAUUCAGUUUCUCACCACUAUUACAAAUUUUCUCCUCCAAAAAAUGGGGUUUGAUCAUCAUGUCAUUUGCAUUUCUCUUUUCUUUUUGGUAAUUUCAAGCUGGAUCCUGCAAGGGUUAGUUACUGAAGGUAGAAAGAUUCACAAACAAAGUGGUUUUCAACAGACAGUAAGUGAGGAGAAGAUGAUAUUGAGGGCACAAAUAGGGUCAAGACCUCCAAAAUGUGAUAGAAGGUGUAGGUCAUGUGGACACUGUGAGGCUAUUCAGGUGCCUACAAAUCCUCAAGUGCAGAAUGUAAAGAUAAACUCUUCAAAGUUCUCUUCAAUUGCUUAUUCUAGAGGAAAUUAUAAUUCCAAUUACAAGCCCAUGAGUUGGAAAUGCAAAUGUGGGAACCUCAUUUUCAACCCCUGAAAAUAAUUAUUUUAUUUUAUAGCACUUUAGUUCUUCUAUAUAUAUAUAUAUAAUCAAGUAUAGCAAUUUGUCAAUUUUGUAUAUGAUUAAUUGAUUAUACACCUUAAUUUUUGUGUGGGGGAUAGCCAUUUUUGUUUUACCUUUUAAUCUCCUCAAUGUGUGAG